GUCAAAUCUAGUUCUUACUUCAGCGACACCAUGCGCGCCCCGGCGAGAGUCCUGCACCGCGCGGCCGCCCUUAUCGCUGCCGGUACUGGAGAGGCCUCGUCGUCGUCGCCUGCCUCAACACAGCCACCACCGGAGCAGGCGGCGCCGAUGGCGUUGGACUCGGACAUGACGGUCAUCCUGGCAUCGCUGCUGUGCGCGCUCGUCUGCGUCCUUGGACUCGCACUCGCCUCCCGGUGUGCAUGCCGACACCGACGCUCCAGCUCCACUUCCUCCUCUAACCCACCCCAAAAGGGCCUCAAGAAGAAGGCAAUCGACGCGCUCCCCACCGUCUCCUUUGCCGCCGCAGCGUCACCACAGCCGGCAGCAACGGAGUGUGCGAUAUGCCUGGCCGAGUUCGCAGAGGGGGAGGGCGUGCGCGUUCUCCCGCGGUGCUGCCACACCUUCCACGUUGUUUGCGUCGACGCUUGGCUCCGCACAUGCGCCACCUGCCCCUCUUGCCGCGCCUCCAUCGUUGCUGCUCCAGCCCCUGCACCCACGGUGGUGGUCGUAGUGGUAGGGAACAACAGGUGCGGGAGGUGCGGCGAGGCGGCGGCGCCGGCUGGUGGUGGGGACAUCACAUUCUUGCCUUAAUCAGUUAGGCUAUUGUAAUUAAUUAAAGUUUUCUUUGGUUAGUCGAGUAUCUAUCAUCAGCUAGUAAUUAAUUACUUGAGUUG